AUGCAUUCAACAUUCGUAUCGAUACAUAGUAUUCAAAUAAACGACUAUUCCUAUUGCUUCAUUAUUAAUGUAGAUGAACAAAUAGAUGUUGAAGUAUUUAUAACUCUUAGAGAUAUUGACAAAGAAAAGAUGCGUAAUUUCAUUACAAUUGAAGAGAAGGGAGGUGUUCGUGAAUUUAUCGUCAAUGAUCUUAGUAAUAUUGGUUUACGCAUCGAUACUCACAAACAUCGGAAUGUAGCUCUCGGUCAAACUUCACCACAUAUCGCUAACAAUCCCAAACAUCAACAUGGAGCUCGCGUAUUCAAUGUCCCACUUCAUCAAAUGGAUACGAUCUCGGUCAGAGUCGAUGAUCUCGAAUUGACAGUACCAAUAUUUCUACGAUGGUGUUUCGAUUGUAUACGUCGCUCGAUAAAACAUGAAGGUCUCUUUCGUAAAUCAGGUGGAUCUCAACGUGUCAAAGAGCUUAUGGCUCGCAUUGAAGAUGGAUCAUUAACGCCCAGUUUAUCAUCUUCGAACACGGUGUUCGAUGUGUGUUCAUUGUUUAAAGAAUUUCUCCGUCGUCUCACAUUUCCAUUGAUUACUUAUCCUUUGCAAGAUCUUCUACUUGAUUGUUUUUCCAUGCGUUCUCUGCCGUCAGAUAAAAAAGUCGAUAUUUAUUUUAAUAUUCUUUUACUUUUACCCGAUGAACAUUUACAUGCACUUAUUUAUAUCCUACGAUUUUUACAUGAAAUUACACUGAAUGAACGUGAUAACAAAAUGAAUGCGAAGAAUCUAGCCAUUUGUGUCGGUCCUGGGAUUAUGCGUACAGCUGUAGAUGGUAAACAAAACAUUAUGACAGAACAAUGUGCAACGAGUGUCAGUGAUAUUGUCGAAACAUUGAUCAUCAAUGCAACUAAACUUGGCUACGUUGCUGAAUCAAUCUAUGAACGUUCGCAAAUGCUUUUAGAAAUGCGACAGAAGGAAGCAGCACAAAAUCCAGAUGACAGUUUCGCUGUGGAAAAUGGCGUCAAGCAUGGCAUUGGUGGGGGAAGGAUGAAUGACCCAGCAAAUGCAAAGAAACGACGCAGUGGCUCAGUGAAAGAGUUUCUUGUUCAUAUGACCAAUCGACUUCGACGUCGAUCCGGUUCGAACAACGAUAGUCGUGAUCAAACAAAUGCAUUUUUGGAUCAAAGUGGCAAAUUAUCAUCAUCUCAUACACGUGAAUACCGUCAUCAUUAUCAACACUAUCAACAAAAUAGUAUUCAUGGCCAUUGUUUAUCUUCAUCAGCAACAUCAGGGCCAACAACAACUAAACGAAAAUCGAGUGAUGAUCCAAAUGGUUGCAAUUCAAAACGAGGUAAAACUAAGACAUCAUCGCAAGAGAAAAUGUCACUACCAAAUUCGAAUCGUUUCACCAGUCCAAUUACCGCUUUUCGACGUAAGAAGAAGACGCCAAGUCACACGAAUGAUCCUGGAUUUCCAUUCAAAAUAGAACAUUCACAUCUGCCACAAUUACUUCAUUUUACAGAUGAAGUGCCCGUUCGUUUCAUGAACACAAUUGUCAAUCCAACCUCAUCUGUUUCGUCAGGAUCGAUUUCAUCUUUGUCGACCACUACACCGAGUGGUUCGAUGACAACACUGACAACUUCAAUGAUUAGUAAUGGCUCAAAUGUACAUGGCACUCAUCAGCCACUAUCGAUCAUUCCACAUGAAAUGCCACCUCCGCUACUAUCAAAUCUUGGAUCGAAUCCUUGCAACAAUAAGUCACUUGAUGCAAAAAAACUUAACUUGCUGGAUUCAUGGAAAUGGCCCAAAUCAAGUCGAAAAGCCGAACGUAAACCUCUCAUUGCUAUACAUGCACCGAUGUUAGCUACAUCAACUGUCGAUUCGACUUCGUUCACUGAACUUUCACCUUCACCAAUAAAAGCAGGAAAUGAUUCGAUGCAAAUGUCAACUGAACAAAUCGCCGGAACAUCUCUACUCAUGCAUUCAAGUUUCGGUGUUCGCCGUCAUUCGGAUGAUGUUACUAGUGCUUCCUUCACAGCGACGACGACUUUUCGUCCUCGUCGAUCAAUAUCGUCGAGCGGUGGUCAGCAACAGACACGUCAUAUUAGUUGCAAACUUAACAAUUAUUCCCAUUCAUUACCCAAUCAACAGCAGAAUACAAGUGAUGAUGAACAACAAAACAAGAAUCUCAAUCAAGAUUCCUUUAGUGACGAAGGCGAUGAUGACGAUGUCGAUGAUAUCGUCGAUGAACUGAAUUUAGCUGUUGUGGAUGGUAAUGAAGAUGCACAUUCAUUGAAAGGCUUUACUACAGAGCCGAUAGCGAAUGAAAACGAUCCACUUGAUGUUGCAUUUAUUGAUGAAGCUGACUUAGAAAGAAAUCUAAGUAACAACAAACUCAUCCCUGACAAUCAGCAAAGCACAUCAAUAGCAACAACGACAACAACGGAUGUUCAAGUAUCCAAUCCUCCACAAAACGAGAACGAUACUCUUUCCCAAACUAUGACAGUUGAUCAUCAUUCAAUGGAAGUAAAAGUCAAUAAUCAACAGCCCAUAACGUCGACGACAUCUGUUUUGACCGAGAAAACAUUGAAUAAAGAUGAUGAUCUCGAUGAAAUUUUACGACGUAAUGAAAAUCGCGGUGUUCGAUUAACGGAUUCAGAUGAUGAAGAGUAUGAAAAUUUUGAUGUGAAAACCAUUCCAACAAAAACAGAUGAUGCGAAAUCAACAACACCAAAAAUGCCAGUUCGUCUUUCUUCUUCUAUUUCCAAUCUCAUCUCAACGUCUUCUCUAACCGCUCUUCCAUCAUCCAUCUCCAAAGAACUAACAAAAUGGACAUCAUUAAAUCUUGGAGAGAAUGUUGAGAACAUCAGUGUACUCAAUAGUGGUCGAGAAAGCAUUCUCGAACUGAAAUAUGAAUUGAAUGGCCGUGUACAACAGCAAGUACGUGCUUUUGAAUCGCAAUCAUCGGAAACUAUUCAUAAUCGAUCGAUCGCACCUCGGAUAUCAGAAAUAACAUCACAAUUAAACCAACCUGAUGUCAAAAAUAUCUUCACGAGUUCAUCGGUACAUACGCCUGAACAGCGCAUUAUCGAAGAAGCUUUGACUCGUGGAGAUAAAGUUGUGCUACCGAAUGCUGGACUCGGUGAGCAAACACGUUCAGUGAAACGCUUGCAAAACACUCCAAUGCGACGAUGGAAAGAACGAGCAAAAGAAUAUGAAAAACGUCAUCAAAUCACAUCACCAUAUCGAUUGAUAAACAAGAGAAAGAAAUAG